CGGCCAAUCCGCGCGCGGAGGGGGCGGGUCCGGCUGAAGAAGGGGAGACACGUCUGAAGGGAGGUCAAAGCAGAGACGGCGGAGCAGGCGGCCGGUCAGUGAUGAGCAAACACCAAUAUUUUGUGUCGAGGAGUUGGAAAAAACGCUGAGUGGGUGUUACUGGAAUUGCCCCGAGCAGGAACCAGGAAGAAAGUUUUAUCUAUUAUCUAUUUACGACUGAUCCGCCGUGUUGCUGGAAGCGCCGUCUUUGCCUUCCUUCAUCUAAAAGGCGCUCAUCGAUUUAUCCUCUUCCUCGUGAGCCGAGAUGGACCAUCCUGAGCACCACGCCCAUAUGGCCCACAUGGACCACAACGUGAGUGGCACAGCAAGGCCCACCAUGGAUCCUCACGCCCACCAUCACCCCACGAAAAGCCCCGGACACAUGCACGGCGGAAUGAUGGAUAUGACUUUUCACUUCAGCUAUCAAAACGUCCCCUUGCUGUUUUCUGGGCUCAUCAUCAAUACACCUGGAGAAAUGGCUGGAGCAUUUGUGGCGAUUUUCUUCCUGGCCAUGUUCUACGAGGGCUUGAAGAUCGGCCGGGAAAGCCUCCUCCGGAAGUCACAAGUCAGCAUCCGUUACAACUCCAUGCCUCUCCCGGGACCCAACGGCACCGUCUUGAUGGAGACACACAAAACGGUUGGCCAACAGAUGCUGAGCGUCCCUCACCUCUUCCAAACCGUCCUUCACAUCAUCCAGGUCGUGGUCAGCUACUUCCUGAUGCUCGUCUUCAUGACCUACAACGCUUAUCUCUGCAUCGCCGUAGCCGCCGGCGCUGGCGCGGGCUACUUCUUCUUCAGCUGGAAAAAAGCCGUCGUGGUCGACAUCACGGAGCAUUGCCAUUAACGCUUCUCCUUGCCACGCCACCUUCCCCCCUCCCUCCUUCACCCUCCCCAAAGGACCAGGUUUACUAGAAGCAUGCCAAGGAAAGCUGUGGGACGCCCUCCGGUUUCCGGGGGGAGAGAGGCACCCUUGUGCCCCCUGCUCCUCUCUUCCCCAAAAGCUUCAGGUCGCCGGGGAGGGGAAGACUUCUGAGCCACGGUUAAAAGAGUCGGGCGGACAGCUAAGGCCACCCACUCAAAACGAUGGAUGGAUGAAACAUUGCACACUUUUAGUCCAAAGUCCUUUUUCCAGGUCCUUUUUUUCGUACUUCAGCAGCCUCUGUUUCUAGGAAGAAAGGAACGCAGAACCUGCUUUUUCCUUCGAGAGCACACACAAUCACAACUUCUCCGAGGCCAGUAGCUUCGAUCGGCAAUCUAGCCGAGUGGCAACGCUACCCCGUCCCUCUUUCCUUGAGAAGUCAGCUCUGCUUCGCUCUUGGUCAAUGGCCAACUGCCGUUUUACAACUGCCAAAAAAAAAAAACGGUUGUGGUAGAUUGGGUUCUAGGAAGCCAUUGUCUUUUUGGCCCGGGAAGGUUCUAGAAUCUAGGGCCUCUCCUUGCGGAGAUGUUCUGGGGUGAAAAGGAACCGAUUUUGCCGAUUUACAGUACCCAUUUCUUAGCCGUCGACGGUGACACGCCGAUGAAAAAUAAUGGGGAAACAAGUAUGAAUUUUUUUAAAAACAUUUAUAUUUUAAAUAAACCUGCAGUACAAAUGUUUUUAGCUUUUUUUUUCCUGAUUUUCAAGCUGGCCUAAAUAUUUUUUUUUUAAAAAAUAUUAAACCUAAUCGUCAUGCCCUUAAGACCCCAGUGGCUUCAAACAAAGCUGGGAUACACGUGUUUGCCAUCUCUCCUCCUCUACCUGGCGAUUCUUGGUUCCUGUAAAUUAAAAUUACUUUUGAAUCAUGCCUGUGAGUAUUUUAGGCAUACCUGGAUGGCCAUUGGGAGACCCACAAGUUCCCCCCCAAUUGUCCUGUAGGAAUUUGCACGGUGGGAUGAUACCACUCUUCUCUUGCAAGGAAGCUAAGAGGCAGGGCUGAGGCUGCCGGGCCGUGUAGGAGCAGUUUCUCGCUUUUUAAUUCCUUCCGUAGAAGGAAGAGAGUACAAUCGGGAUUAACGUCCGUGCGGAAAAAUCAAACUUUUUUUUUGUUUUUUAAACCGACUGCCUGAGAGGGGAAAAGUACAUCCAAGCUGGAGAACUGCAACCACAGGGAAUCAAAGCAUCCGUGUCAGCUGAUGGUAAAUUUGCAAGAGGCUGGCAUUUUUGCGUUUUCAACCAAGCCAAAAAAAUAAUAAUUGUACUGCCUGCCAGGCUCGAUUACAAUCGCAGCGCUCGGAGCGCAGAAACGAAAGGAUGGCGUUUUUCCAAACAGCAUGUGCCGAGUAGUAAACCGGUAGCUGAUUCAGCCUUUUCCACCCACUUACCCAUCCCGCCUCACCGUACAAUCAAGUUUUCAGUCUCUCUCUCUCUCUCUACCGAUCUCUUUUAGAAGGCGCAAAGACUGGAUUUAUGAUACAUUUCAUCUCGGCCGCGAAGUCGCGUCGCAGUUCCGCCGACAUCUUUGGUUAAUUCCGUGGCGCUUCAACCACGGUUAACUUCCUCGGCCGCUUAACACAUCCCGUCCCGUCUGCUUGCUUCUAUCCAUCCUGUGUAAACCCAGAGAAGGGAGUGGCUCCUUGGUUAAUAAUGAGCCUGACCAUAUAGAGACCGAGGCCAGCAUUAGCAAUCGGAUAUCUUCCGUGAAAAGUGGGAAGGGGGGAGAAAUUCCAAAAUCACCUGACAGCAACUUUCCCUUGUCUUUGUGGACAUAAAACCUUGUCUCGUUUACUCGCUGACCGUAACCCAGUAUUGUUUUUCCGUAGCUGUUAUUCUAGGCUUCCUCCUUCCUCCGUUGACAGUAUAACCAUGAAAAAUAAAAUAAAAUGUGCCUUAGCUAUAUCGCUUUCAUCGGGCCGUGUAGUGGUGCCAUGUAGGAUGUCUUGUUUUAAAUCCCUGGCUGAUGGAAGUAUAUCCAUCGGCGAUCAUGUGAGUGCUAAUGAUUACGCCUGUUGUAUCUUCUAAAAGUACAGAGUGUCUUAGCCGAAAAUGAUGGACGCGCGAUAACGUUUACAACUACCCUACGUCGUUCAGUAGAAUAAAGAGAUUCAACCCUU